AUACGCACUUUUACAUGUAGUGACCGCACACGCAAUAUUUCGUGACCUCUUAUGAGCAAGAGAUUCCAGAGCAUUAUUGACACCGUCGUUGUCGUGGCGAACACGAGCACGACGCCCGGCACGACGACGAUCGUGCUAGACACGACGACGACCUUGCCCGACACCUCGGCGAUCGUGCUCGACACGACGGCGGGCGCGCUGGACACGAUGACGAUCGUUGUCGACACGACGAUGAUCGUGUUUGACACGAUGAGGACGAUCAUGCUCGACACGACCACUACCGUGUUCGACACGACGAAGACGGUUGUGCUCGACCACCAUCGUGGUCGACACGACCACGAUCGUGCUCGACAAGACGACGACCGUGUUCGACACGACCACGAUCUUGUUCGACACGACGACGAUCGUGUUCGACACGACAAGGAUCGUGUUCGACGAUCGUGUUCGACGACCUCGUCCGACGACCACGCUUGGCACGACGACGAUCGUGCAGGGCACGACGUCGAGCGCGCUCGACACGGCGACCAUCGUGUUCGACACGACAGUACGAUCGUGUUUGACACGACGACGAUCGUGUUCGACACGAGGACGAUCAUGUUCGACAUGUCGACCAUCGCGCUCGACAUGACGACCAUCGCGUCAGACACGACGACGAUCGUGUUGGACACGACGACGAUCGUGCUCGACACGACGACGAACACGACGAUGAUCGUCUGGGACACGACGAUGAUCGUGUCGGACACGACGACGACCGUGUUCAACACGACGACGAACACGACGACGAUCGUGUGGGACACGACAACGAUCGUGUCGGACUGGACGACGACCGUGUUCGACACGACGACGACUGUGGUGGACAUGACGACCUGCGCAAAUAAACGCCAUAAAGAAGUGAACGAGUUGUCUAUGUCCGGAAGGGGUAUGUGUUUAGUUCAAAGAGAGGUCGAUGGGAGACUGGAUAUCGUGGUCGGUGGCAAGGUGGAGGACGUCGGCGCUUGGCGCGAGGUCGAGACUAAAGUCGUUUCUAUUCGGGAUGCAAUAGGCGGUUCUCUCAUCGGGAACUCCAGGCGUAGAAGGUCUGGUGAAACGUCCGUUGCAGGUGUGGGAGACGAGGUGCCUAUCGUCGACCACAAAGACAAGUGUUGGAUGUUGGACUGGGUGGGUGGAAUCGGGGAACCCUCGAGUGGACUGGUUCUGUACGUGCUAAUCAAAGAUAACAUUUUGUCGAUCGGCGGUGUGGUGAAGUGGAGUGGACGACAUUCACAGUUCGCCAUGUUGGAGUUGACGAUGGUCCUUAACGCUAAAGGUGAGCGGAUGACAAAUGUCAAACGCGUUGUUUUUCGUUGGGCCAAACACGCUGAGUACGACAAGAAGCUUUAUGAUAUUUUCAAUCCGCCCGGGACGAAGAAAUUGACGUUGCCGGACCUUCCAACGGUUUUCGCGUUCUUCGACAGUAAUGUGGUCGCAGGGCACGAGCCGGUGGUGCAAGCUGCCGACCGCAUAUCUAAGCCGAAAAACGUGCUUUCGUCAUCCUUGGAGGCGGCUCCCUCGUCGAGACCAAUCACUAUAGGUAUCCGCCCUUUUCUGCAAUCCCUUCGGACUCCAGGUGCUGCAACGCGAGUUUCGAAAUUUGGGCAGAUCGGGGAGAAAGGUCCGUGUCGCGGCCAAAUCGUGUUGUCAGCCCCUGUGAAGUCUAGAACAACAUCAACCAAGGAACCCGUUUCCUUGGUCUGCCCACCACGUUAUGACUUCGACAUUCCAAGCCGGGCGCAAUAUUUUGAAGAUGACGACGAGGAGAACAGUGAGGAGGAUUCGGAGGGCGAUGAAGAAUGCGAAAAACAUGAGGAGGGUGGCGAUGACAGCGUGGAGCAUGGGGAAGAAGCGGAAGUAGAGAGUGAGCAGACAAUCAGCGAGAGAGGUGGUCCAGGCGAAUUGGAGGGUGGUCUAGGGAUUGAAUAUGAGGAUGAAGGGCAAGAAGAGGAAACGACCGGAGAGGGAGGGUAUGCACAACGGCUCCCGUCGAGACAUGGGCAUUGGGGUGCGGAUCGAGGGCGCGGGGGAAUGCACCACGAAGUGACGGUCGUGCCGGUGCAUACCGAUGCAGCACGGCUGGCUGAGAAGAAGAGGAAGAUCAGACAAGAGAGGAGAAGUGCUUUGGACAGUAAGAGAACCAAGCAGGAGGGGGGGACCAAGCAGGAGGAGGGUCACAAACGCAAGUUGAAACUGCUGCUUGUUGAUGAGGCGGUCCGGCGUACGCGGGAGGCUGAGGAGGCCAUGAAGAAAAAACGGCAGCGAAGGAAAAAAACAGCGAAGAGAGGUGUGAUGGAAAAAACUUUCGUUUUUCCGGCGGACCACCCACAGUCGGAUGAAGACGAUGUGGGCAAGACAGUCACCAGACCGCCCAGUUUGCAGAUUCUGCCGCUUGAUAAUUCUUCUGGUCAUCUGAGCAAAGACUUCUUCCUUGAGUUCGACGAGAAUGGUAACCAAAGGCCGGAAAUACAGUUCAUUACUGUCAAGUUCGAUAGGAUUCUAGAUAUCCCUGAGGAGGAGUUCAGAUAUAAUCAACGUUUUCUCGGUCAGCAACAUAUUGAUGACAUUUACGACGCAAUGGUUGAAUCGGGAGAGGCAACUAUCACAGAGAGAACGACUGGAGCCGCCGGGGUGAAUGUAUGUACAUUAUAUGAGAAACCUGUCCUUUUGUUGGUUGGGCUACAUGAUACGAUGCAUACUGACGCUUCCGGAACAAAUGUGAGAGCAAGAAGAGUGACACCCGGCGAAUUCGAUCUCCAAUCCGUGCGCAACUACUACUGGUACCCUCUCAGUGGUCAACGUAAUGUUGCGGCGGGAAGGAAAUGUUUUCAAGAGCGCCCUGACAUCGCCCGUGAGCUCCGUUUGGAUUACUGGACUGCAAGGCCUGUUUACUAUCCGGAUAGGACCAUGGAUAAUUACGGCACCUUGAGCACUUUCCAAAAUGCGAAAGACAAAUGGAAUACUCCUCCACACCAGAUUGCUGUCAUUCAGGACAUACGAAAGUUGUGGCUGGCAGCCGGUCGUCCUGAAGCCAUAGGCGGAUCUGCUGCAGACGCCAAAAAUAAGGAGUAUAGAGAGUUUGCAGCGAUGGCCCUUUGCUCGACCGGGAUUGAUCAUUUAGUUACUCUGUCGCUUAAGAGUUGGACCAAGGAAUGGUCCGACUUCCUUGGGCCUUACAUGAUAUUGGCAAGGGCGACAGAAGAAGUGUUUGACAAGGUGCGAGAAGUGUAUUCUGCUUGGGAGAGUGGACAGUUGUCGGGGAGAGAUGCUGUGAAGCCUGCCACCAAACAAGGUGAAUUGGGGAAAGCGCCGAGACCUGGACCCGGAUUCGAGUUGGUAAAAGGAGUCAGGGUUCCAGUGCACUGGAUUCAGGGUACUAGAGAACUUGGUUACCUCGUGGCUGUGCACGAUCUGGAUGUCAGAUCAUGGAAGGUUAUGUCUACGUUGGGGAGGCGUGAGCGGUUUCAACUGUUGCGAGACAUUCUCGCGAGCAGUGUCAUACUAGCUCCAAGGCUAAGUAAAGUUGCUUACACUGCCGGGAAACAUUCGAUGGAGACAUACGUGGCAAUUGUGAAGCUGGAAAGAGCAAUGUUCAGAAUGUUUCACUACUUUGUCUUCAUUUCUGACCCUCACAAGAAGCCGUCAGAGUGGAAGGAACCAUUCUUCGACAACCUUUCUGAUGUGUUCGCUAGGUAUAGUGAUCAAGGAUUGACAUCAGAGAGGUGGAUUGACCAGCGACAACAUUUCAAAGACAUGAGCUGGAUGCGGUCAUUUUCGGCUACACUUGGAGGACAGGACGAGAAAGGAAAAGAGGGCUUCAAGAAAACAAAAUCGCUUGCAGAGAAAUGCCCCGAAGAGUUCAUUCAAUUUGUCAACAAGUUGUUGCCAGAUCCGAAACCGGGGGUUCGCGAAACAUUCAUUGCCAAGCGACUCCUGCGACUUAAUCCGGAGGUUUCUCAAUCAAGACAAGAUGUAAGAACAGAAGAAAUUUUCCAAGAGUUCAAAACAUCGCAGUGGCUUGAGUAUCUGGAAGAGUUCUAUGAUAGAGAAACCAGUCCGGCUUAUGGAUAUAAUUGGCAUGUCAAAGAAGAUCUUAAGCACAGAGAAGGGGAGAGGAAAAGACCAAGCGGCGGUGGUGCGCAUGGCAAGGGAUCCGGAUCGAGCGGAGGUGCGCAUGGCAAAGGAUUGGGAUCGGGGAGCGGUGCAAGUGUCAAGGGUCCGGGACCAAGCGACGGUUCAAGCGGCAAGGACGCAAGUCGUGGGGAACUGCAAAAAAUCGAAAGGUCUCAGGGGCGUCAAGCAACAGAGGGCAAGGGAUCAGGAUCAAGCGGCGGGGGGCAUGGAAAGGGAUCGGCAUGGAAAGGGCAAGGGACCAGUGCAAGUGCCGAGGGUCCGACAACAAGCGUCGGUGCAAGCGACAAGGGAUCAGGAUCGAGCGGCGGUGCGCAGGGCAGGGCUUCGGGACUAAGCGGCGGUGGUUCAACUAUCGAAGGGUCCCACGGUCGAGUCGAACACGACAGUGGCCUAGCAUUGGAGCACUCCCGGCUUGACCAAGCGAAGAAACUCACGGUCGAGUCGAACUCGACAGUGGGAUCGGGAUCGAUCGUCAGUGCAACAGGCAAGGCUUCGAGACCAAGCGGGGGUAGUUCAACUGUCGGCGGUGUUUCACCUGUCAAAGGGUCACAUGGUCGUGUCGAACACGACACUCGUCCAGCAUUGGAGCGCUCGCGGCUUGACCAAGCGAAGAAACUCACGGUCGAGUCCAACCCGACAGUGGGAUCGAAAUCACUCGCCGAUACAAGUGGCAAGGCUUCGAGACCAGUCGGCGUUGUUUCACCUGUCAAAGGGUCACACGGUCGGGUCGAACACGAAAGGGGUCCACUAUUGGAGCGCUCCCAGCUUGACCGAGCGGAGAAACUCGUGGUCGAGUCUGACCCGACACUGCAAUGGGAAUCGAUCGCCGGUGCGAAUGCCAAAACUUCGGGGCAAAAAUGUGGUGUGAGUGGCAAGGGCGUAAGUACAGCUGACCAAGUUUGGGUGACCACGAUGCUAGUGGGUGACAAUGACGCUAUGGAAAUAGAUAUUACUGGUACACUCACAGAAUUACAGAUGCCGUCGUCGACGAUGCCAGCCGAAGUAAAUACUUUGUCGGAGGAAGUUAAAAACUCUCUCUGAAUACGAAUAUUAGAAAUGCAACUAUAGGUGCAAGCGACACUUUUGAGGACACUUUUGAGGACACUUUUGAGGGCGUAAAGGAGGAAGACACUCUCCAUGUACAGGGCAUCGAAGAGGAUGAAGGACAUAUAGUACUAAGUACACCGGAACAAUGUACACUUGUACAACCUCAAUAAACGCUUGAACAACCU